AUGAAGCCAAUUGAAUGUGUCAUCAAAGAAAUUAGCGGCAGCAACUAUCCUACUUGCAGUGUCAUAAUUCCAAUCAUUCGUUGUAUGACUCUAUCUAUUGAACAAAUUUAUCCUUCAACAAACGAAGGAAUUCUUUUCCAGACAAACCUCCUUGCAUCCAUUCAACAGAAGUUUAAAGAUGUUGAAAACGUUAAGAUUCUUUCAAUCCCUACAAUACUUGAUCCGCGAUUCAAACGAAUCCAUUUCCAAAAUGCUCGUGCAGCAGCUGCUGCUGUAGAACAAAUCAACAAAGAAAUUAAAUUGAUUGGUGUGGAAAAAACUGAGGAAAAAAGACAAGUUCAACGCAAUCCUGAGGAAACCAAUGAACAUAGUCUCUGGAAGGCUCAUGACGAUUUGGUGGCAAAAUAUACUGACGAGAGUACACAAGAUGAACAUCUUAUCCAUGAAUUAAGACAAUAUUUAAAGCAACCGGUGAUUGCUCGUCACCACGAUCCAUUUCAACAUUGGAUAUCUUUAAAGCACUCGUUUCCAACGCUGUACGAACUGGCAAUUAGAUACAUCAGUAUUAUUAGUACCUCUGUACCAUCUGAAAGAAAAUUUUCCGAGGCAGGUGACAUUAAGAGCAAUGAGAGGAAUCGUAUAACGGGUGAGCACUUGAACCAACUCUUAUUUCUCGGAUCUCUUUCAAAAGAAGAAUGGAAAUUGGAAUAA